GCAAGUUGAAAGAAAUUGUACGAAUCAAAAGCUGUGAAAAGAAGUUGCAUGUCAUUUAAGUGACUUCUUACAUUUUAUUGCCAAUGUUUUGGGCCUUUGAUAAUUUCUGGCAUUUGAGAAAUUUCUUUUAUAAUCUUGUUUGUGUGAAAUAUGGCAAGUACAGGGGAAUAUUAUUUUGAAUAUUUUUCUCUGUGUUGUCUGACAGCCUCUUCAUCCUGUGGUCAUAGUAUUAGGUCCUGUGUUACUUUGUAUGCAGAGUGAUGCUUUCUGCAGGUGGGGAAACACUUCAAAUGAUCAAGUGGACUUGACUUAAAAGGAUAAUUGCUUCCUAUGACUUUCAUGAAGGUAGCAAAACAAGUGGGUGUGUAGAGAAGAAUUUUUUCAUAGAUGUGAAUCUUGAGGAAAUCUUUGCACAUAAGAAAAAGCAGUGCAUUUUUAAUGCUUGUGUUAUAUUUGGAACAUUUUGGGAGGAGGGGGUAAGGUGAGGGGAAUCUAUUUUGAUCAUGUCUAGAAUGAAAGUUUCUAGCCUUGCAAGAUCUGUGUAUGUGCUGAAUGUUGAAAGGCAAAAGUAUAUUAGUGCUUUUUGGCUUAGGUAUUAAAGCAUUUUUGUCUUACUUUGAUAUAAUGAACAUUGAAACUUGGUGUAAAACUGAACUUGGGCAUGAUUCAAGUUCACAUAUGGGAUUUUUCUUUCCCCUUUCACAUCGUUACUGAUUCCUCAUGCCCUGGAGAACCUAUUCAGAAAGGCAGGGAUGGAGGCCACAAGAAUAUAAUUGUGGCGGUAAUGUAAAUGCCACAUGUUAAAGAAAUUACAUCUACAGAAUUACUUUCUACUUCAGGAUUGUAAGGACUGUUAAGAAGAGCAACUCCAGACCUAGAAAUACUUAUCAGCCUGUUAGUGCUCAAAAUGAGUUAACCUUAUCAGGAGUGCCAUGACCUAGUUGAACUGUUAGAACAUGGGUUGGACUCGAUGAUCUUAAUGGUCCCUUCCAACCUAGAAAUUCUGUGAUUCUGUGUGAUUCUGAGAAAAUAUAAAAGAAAUUAACUGUUGCCUUGUUUAGCAGAGAUGAUUUUGGCAUUAUUUGAAGCAAAAUUAGUGACUUGUUUCAUUCGAGAUCCUGGGGAGAAUUGUUUGUCAUUGUAGGAAUGAGAAGUAAAAACUUCAUCUUUCAAAAGAGAGUAAAAUAAGAGGAUAUUUUUAUUCUUAGCUGUUUGUUUUUUCAGAAUUUUUCUGUUGGUGUGAUUAGUGUUGUGGGAGGGAACGCAAGGACGCAGAGGAAAAUGUGGCAGUAUCCCUUGCUACACAUAUGAGCAACUACAGAUUUUGCUGAAAGAGUCCAUUUACAGGAAUCAGGGGCAGUGCCUGCCAUGGGCUUAUCCAUGUGUGCUGUGGAGAAUGACGACACAACCGUGCUGUUUGCUCAGUUAAGGAGAAUCAAAGCUUGAGCUGACUUCCUAGUUCUGUAAGCAGUUUGUGGUAGCCUGCAGUUUCUGAGACUUUGUCCUGCCUGGGAGGAACUUUUAUAUAAAACUUAAUUCAAUGUGAAUGACAAAUAAUACACUUUUUCCCCCCCUGCAUUUCUGGAGUUGAGUGGAGGAAUUUCUGUUUUCUGUUUUCAACCAGUGCUGGCUGAGCUGAAACUUCCUGCACCUUGUGGAGAGCAUGUAUAAAAGGAAUGACCUCAUGGCCAGUGUGAUGGUCACCUCCGCCACUCCAGAGGGUAGUAGCAGCUCAGAUUCCCUGGAAGGGCGAAGUUCAGAUUAUGCCAAUAAGAGCUACGAUGCAGUUGUAUUUGAUGUGUUGAAAGUGACUCCUGAGGAGUUUGCUAGCCAGAUAACAUUGAUGGAUAUGCCAGUAUUUAAAGCUAUACAACCUGAGGAACUAGCCAGCUGUGGAUGGAAUAAGAAAGAAAAACACACCCUCGCUCCAAAUAUUGUUGCCUUUACUAGGAGGUUUAACCAGGUCAGUUUUUGGGUUGUACGAGAAAUAUUAACAGCACAGACCUUAAAAAUAAGGGCAGAAAUACUGAGCCACUUUGUGAAAAUAGCUAAAAAGCUUUUAGAACUGAACAAUCUUCAUUCUCUUAUGUCUGUGGUGUCAGCACUGCAGAGUGCACCUAUCUUCAGGCUGACCAAAACUUGGGCUCUUUUGAAUCGGAAAGACAAGACCACCUUUGAGAAGUUAGACUAUUUACUGUCUAAGGAAGAUAAUUAUAAAAGGACACGAGAGUACAUCAGAAGCUUAAAAAUGGUUCCUACGAUUCCAUAUUUAGGAAUUUAUCUCUUGGAUUUAAUCUACAUAGAUUCUGCAUAUCCUGCUUCAGACAGCAUAAUGGAGAAUGAACAAAGAUCCAAUCAAAUGAACAAUAUUCUCCGAAUAAUAGCUGACCUGCAAGUAUCCUGCAACUAUGAUCAUCUCACAACACUUCCCCAUGUGCAAAAGUAUUUGAAGUCUGUCCGUUACAUUGAAGAACUUCAGAAGUUUGUAGAAGAUGACAAUUACAAAUUAUCUUUAAGAAUUGAGCCAGGUAACAGCUCUCCUCGACUGGUUUCCUCCAAAGAAGAUCUUGCAGGUCCAUCUGACAUGUCAGCAAUUAUGAAAUUCAGCAGGAGACCCACAUGUCCUGAUGCCUCAGUAGCAGCAAGUCUAUCUACACCUCCUGUACCAAGGCACCGGAAGAGUCACAGCCUAGGAAACAAUAUGAUGUGUCAGUUGAGCGUCGUGGAGAGCAAAAGCGCCACCUUCCCGACGGAGCGGCCCCGGCACCUGCUGGACGACAGUGUCCUGGAGUGCCACAGCCCCGCGCGCGGCCACACGCCCAGCACGCGCCUCCUUGCCAACGGCCUCUCCAUAGAUAGCAGUGAAAGCUCAGAAUUUAGUGAGGAGCUGCCGUCAGGGCUUGAAAGGGGUCGUUUAUAUGCCACGCUGGGGCCUAACUGGAGGGUACCGGUCAGGAAUUCUCCUCGGAGUCGAAGCUGUGUCUACAGCCCAACAGGUGCAUGCAGCUGCACAGCAGGUGGUUCCACAGGAGUCAUUACCAUGGAAGGGCCUUUAAGAAGAAAAACACUGCUCAAAGAAGGCAAGAAACCUACUCUCUCCUCAUGGACUAGAUACUGGGUCAUGCUUUCAGGAUCAACUCUUCUCUACUUUGGAGCAAAAGCUUUAAGAGGCACUGAAAGGAAACAUUAUAAAUCUACACCUGGGAAAAAAGUCUCCAUUGCAGGCUGGAUGGUGGCACUGCCUGAUGACCCAGAGCAUCCUGAUAUUUUCCAGCUAAAUAACCCUGACAAAGGCAACGUUUACAAGUUUCAGACUGGUUCAAGGUUUCAUGCAAUAUUAUGGCAUAAGCAUCUGGAUGAUGCGUGCAAAAGCAACAAGCCUCAGGUACCUGCUAAUCUAAUGUCAUUCGAAUAAUUUCCUCUCCUACCUGGUGUGACUUCAAGUGCCAAACUGAAGAAACAGGUUAUUGUUCUCUAAGGAAGAAGAGGAGAAUGGUUUUCCUGACAUGAGCCAGCCACAGAUAUUUCAGCACUUUCCUAAGUAACUUGAAAGUGAAUCUGACACAGCUUUUAAAAGCAGAAAGUGAAUGUUAUUCCUAGGACCAGAUAAAGUCUCAUGCACUGAGUGAAAGCAGACAAGUUAGAUGGACAGAAGAUUAAUCCUGCCUCCUGCAGGAUUCUAGAGCCCUCAACAAUUUGUGGUCAGAGACUGCAUGAACUGAUAUUUGGCCGCAAACUGAGCAUUAUAUCUUCUGCCUGUUCUUUUUCAAAUGGUUCUUUUUAUUGUUAAGCUGCUUUGUGUGACUGAAGAAUAUUUGGCCCAUGUUGGGUUUAAUUUCUUUCUAAUGCACAGAAUGACUGACAGUGUUAACUUGCUCCAAAGUGUCAAUUAGAAUAGAAAAUUGUGGAACAACCUUUUUAUAACCUAAGUGCACUGAGUUGCUUGGAAAUGUGGCUGCCUCAAAUUUUCUAUCAAAUCUCUGGACAAUAUGCUGUUCAUAUUUGAGCUAUUUGGGAAAAAUGUAUUUUGGCAUAGGACAGUUGGUUUUCUUUUUCAUUCAGUUGUUUUGCUCAGGAAUACGCUGGUAAUAGAUUUAAGGCCGUUUAAAUUUAUGUUGUGCUGAAGUUUGUCUUACAUUCUCUUACCAAUGGCAUAGUUGCUUAUAAAUUUGGUGUUUUGGUUCAGUCUGAAUGUUGCUCAUUUCAAACCCCUUAGCACAGGGAAGCAGGUAAUCAGGUGUUUUAUAUCACAUGGUCCUGGCUCCUCAAAAUGACUCCAUAUCAUUGUUUCUGUUCUGUCCUUCUGCGGAUGACUUGGCUCCACUCAAUUACAGUAUGUGUUGUGACUUCAGGACAUUAGUACUGGUAGAUGGUACUGCUAUUAUAAAAUCAUGGUGGCAGUGAAAGACUGUUCAACAGUGGAGCAAGUACAAAGAAAUCUCCACAUCAAUAUCCAGAGAAUAAAUGAGCAAACAAAAAUGUAACUGAAGUUCUCUGAAGGAACUCUCUCUGUACUGUAUUCCUGCUGUACCCUGGCACUCCUGCAGUCAGAAUCAUUUUCUGUUCAUUUGUUAAAUUCAUCACUUUUUCUUUUUGAAACUCUUUUGCCAUAUAGCAUCAUUAUUCAGACUUCAUCCAUCACCUGAAAGCCUCCUCUGACUUUCCUAAGAUUGCGUAGAGGAGAAAUUGGCAAGUUAGCCCUUAACUUACAAACCAGGAACACCAUGAAAGUCAGUUUAAGUGAACAGAACCUCUACUAGAACAAGCUUCCUAGCAUUAGCAGUAUGUAUUCUGUGGACUUCCAUGAGUUUCUACAUUUUAAUUUUGAAACUUCUCUAACAGCAAGGAGAAAAAGCUAACUGUAUUGUUAAGUGAAGGUCACAAGUAAAUUUAUUGUUCUUUUAAGAGUUCAUGUUACAAUCCCAAAAGCCUAAUGCAUACCAGGAUUUCAAGAAAAACAGUUCCUGAUAACAAUUGCAUUUAGAUCUUGGGACAUGGGAAAGUGCAUGUAAAGUUGACAAAAUUUAUUUGAUAACUGAGGAACUCUGUGAAAAGAGUUGUAAUUAAAAAUAUAUUUGUGUUGUUUUUCUCUUUCUUUCCUAACUUAAGACAACUUUGAACUAGGAAAUACAUGGUUAUCUGCAAGGGCAGAGCAUCGAACGCCAUUAGAGAUGGUAUAGAAGCUUUUGAAUGUGGUAACAUCCUGUCAGCAGUAAAUGACUUCAGACUGUUAGGCUAUGAUAUAGUCUGAAUUAUUCUACACCUGUGGAUUUUUGUGAUUAGUCAUCAAUGAGAUUAAACAUCUUUUCCGGAUAGCACAAUUGUGAAAUUGCUGCAGUGUUGAGAAAUUCAGGCAGUGAAAGAAUAAUGAUGGCAGUGAAAGAAUACUAGUAAAACAUCUUAAACCAAUUUUAAAUUAGUCUUUAAGGAUUAAACAGUUCCUAGCUGCUGAUUAGAGGUGUUAUGAUGCCAUUUGGUACCAUUUGCUAUUACCGGGUACUGCUAUGGUUAAUUGAAAGUGGCUAUUGAAAUACAAUAGGUUGCCUGUCACUACUGAUUGUUACAGCAUUUCCACAAAAUAAUUUCACAAACCAUACAAGUUUUCCUCCAUCAAAGAGAACAACUACAGUAGUUAUGUAAAAGUAAACAUUAUGACAUAAUUACCAUUUUCACAAUUGUGAAGAUAUAAUAACUAUAAGUAAUAUUAGUUUAUUUAAUGUAUUGCUUAAUUUAUUUAAAUAAUUUUUAUUUUAUUAUUUAAUUAUUUAUUAUUUUUUUAUUUAUUUAAUUAAUUUAAGUGUAAUUCAGUGCCAAAAUGCAUGUUUUUCCAAAUAGCGGUAAAAUGAGGCAAAGAAACUAGUUUUCAAAGUGAGACUGACUUGUCACACUGUAAUGUUAAUCAGUUUCAACAUUUUGGUUUGUUUUGUGUGGAAACUGUUGCACUAUUUUUGGCUGUGUUUUUCAGCAGUCCACUGCAUGCCAUUUGUGUAAAGGAUUCUUUCUAAAAUUCUUGUGAACUGUCUCACCUGUAAGAACUCUGGUGUUGGAACCUAGGUUUUUGGCAAAGUAUUUUGUAACCUCAGUCUUGUAUCGAGUUGCUGCAUUUUUCAGUUUGUUACAUUGAUAAUAAUGAUUGUUUUGCUAAUUAAAUACUUUAAUGUAAAAAAAGUUUGUUUACUACAACAGUAAUAGCAUUUGGUUGUAAGUUUAAAAAUGUGCAGGGUAUGUACGCUGUUGACAAUAAAAUAUUCUGAAAAAGAAUAGGAGAGGUACAGAAGGAAUGUUUUAGCUCAAAGGCAGCAUGCAUGUUUUAUUUUGAAUGAAUGGUAAUAUAAUUGAACAGACUUUAUAGAGCACAGUCUAGCCAUUUAGUAGUAUAAAUACAACAGAAUCAACAUUUCUAGGAUAAAAUUGAAAAAGCCUCCAAAUCUGAAGGUUUUUCAAGUGAUAUUUUGAAAGUCCAAAGAAGUAGAGACAAACUUAAAUUUCUUUGCACU